UCAGUGGGUGUUAGCUGCAAAGAGCCAAAGCAAAGCAAACCCUAACCCCAAAUCGAAGAGCACUGAGUCUCACAUAUUGAAUCCCUUCACUCUCAUAGUGGAUUGGUUCCAAAUUGCCAAUGUUGGGUGGACUAUACGGUGACCUACCUCCUCCUUCUUCAGCAGAAGAAGAAAAACCAACCCCCAAUGUGUGGUCCUCAAGCACAAAGAUGGCACCCGCAACCCUCCGAAAACCCGCUUCACUCUUCGCCCCACCCCAAACCCUUCUCAGAUCGCAACCCAAACCAAAACCCACAAUUAACCCUUCUUCGCUCCCCAAAACCGUUCUCUCUGUCUCAUCAACACCCGCACCAGACGACGUCGUUCAACCCGCUCUCGUCGGGGUCCAAUCCACGGUCUUAGAAGAGUACGACCCGGCCCGGCCCAAUGAUUACGAAGAGUACCGGAGAGAGAGGAAGCGCAAGGCCCGUGAGGCCGAGAUGAUGAGGGAAUUGGAGCGGCGGCGACAGGAGGAGGAGGAGGAGGAGCGAGAGAGGGAGAGGGAGAGGGAGAGAGAGAGGGAAAGAGAUUACGCUGGCGGUGAUUCGAGGUUGAAUAUUUCCGGCGAGGAGGCGUGGAGGAGGCGUGCUGCGAUGAGCGGGGGUGGGGGUGGGGGUGGCGGUGGGGCCGGGGCCGGGGCCGGGGCCGUGCCGAGGUCGCCAUCACCGCCGGGGAAUUCGGAUGGUUUUAGCAUUGGGAAGUCGGAGACAGGAGGGUUGGGGGUUGGGGCAGGUGGACAGAUGACUGCGGCGCAGAGAAUGAUGGCGAAGAUGGGGUGGAAGGAAGGGCAAGGGCUUGGGAAGCAGGAGCAAGGGAUUACUACGCCGCUGAUGGCAAAGAAAACGGAUAGAAGAGCUGGGGUUAUUGUGAAUGCUAGUGAUAAUAAUAAGAAAGUGAAGAGUGUUAACUUCAAUGGUGUGCCUACUAAGGUUUUGUUGCUUAGGAACAUGGUGGGUCCUGGCGAAGUAGAUGAUGAGCUGGAAGAUGAGGUAGGUUCAGAAUGUGCUAAGUAUGGGACAGUAACUAGAGUUUUGAUAUUUGAGAUAACAGAGCCAAAUUUCCCAGUUGAUGAAGCAGUAAGAAUCUUUGUGCAGUUUGAGAGAUCCGAAGAAACAACUAAAGCGCUUAUUGACCUUGAUGGUCGGUACUUUGGGGGUAGAGUUGUACGUGCCUCAUUUUAUGAUGAGGAGAAAUUUAGCAAGAAUGAAUUGGCUCCAAUGCCAGGAGAAAUUCCUGGCUACGCUUGAAAGAAGAGAGCGUGUAUGAUUUUUGUAAGUUGUCCCUAGUGAUUACACUGAAGACUAAAAACUGGAGUUCAAUUAGUCUUGGUUCAGACGUGUUUGUAAAAGUGACAAAAGAUUGUUGCUGAAAGAAUUAUUAUGAUCACAAGGACAUUGAAAGUUCCUUACUAGCGCUAAUGUUAUCACUGUACAUUGAAAGUCCCUUGAUAUGAUGAUCACUUAGACU